CAGCUCUUUCUAUGAAGGUUGGGAUUCAUGCGAACGAAAGUGGUGUUAUUAUCCGGUGGCGUUUCAAGGCUGGAGAACUAACUCUUAACAGUUGAGUUUUGUUUCAGCAAAGCUAGGGUUUUACACCUGUCAUACUUUCAAAAUGAACACUUUAAUCAGAUCAACUGCUCGGUGUUUCCGAGCUGGAGCGGUGCUGAAUAUACCUCAAGUUGACAGACAUCUUCCGUAUGCUUCGGCCCGACUCAUGUGUUCGGCAGACAUAGAGAAGAAUGUUGCUGAAAUGGUGAAGAAGGACAAAGUAGUCGUGUUCAUGAAAGGGACACCUGCCCAGCCUAUGUGCGGUUUUAGUAAUGCUGUCGUCCAGAUUUUACGGAUGCACGGAGUUGACGACUACGCUUCAUACAAUGUACUGGAGGACCAAGACAUCAGACAAGGGGUGAAAACAUUCUCCAAUUGGCCCACGAUUCCACAAGUGUUCUUCAACGGGGAGUUUGUGGGUGGCUGUGACAUUCUCCUGCAGAUGCACCAGAACGGUGAUCUGGUAGACGAGUUCAAAAAACUGGGUAUUUCGUCUGCACUCUUGGAUGCCGAACAAGAGUCCAAGUAGAUAAGUUGUUGAGUGGGAGAGUUCAGAAGUUCGCAAAGGCUCCACCAAGCCAGAUGUCAUGGGAAGUUGGUUUACAUGACCUGCUGCAGACUUACCUCAAGUGACUAUGGACUGUGGGAGUUGGGGGUUGAGGAGGGGGGUCUGAGACUACUCCAAAAAGAUACACACACUAUCCAGAUCCUGAUUUAGAAACACGUCAGAUCAUCAUAGCAAUUACUCUUGCUGCAUAUCUGAGCAAAAGAACACACCCAUGUAGUUCACUGUGUAUUUAAGUGUUGUAUAUUAAGAUGUUAUCGUAUGUAAUUCAGAGGCAUGUAAAAUAUUUGUCAAUAAAAUAUUUUAAAGUGUAUUACUAUA